UGCUGAAAUGGAGAAGGGGCGGAAGAGGGCGGCCAAAGGCUUGGCGCUUCUCCCUUGGGAGGACGAGGGCAGCCUCAGAGCCGGGCAGCUUGCAAAACUGCCGAAUAAGAGCGCAUGCAGUUACACGCGAUGUGGAGGAAGCGGCCAGGUUUAUGCACCGCUGUGAACUGUCAUGAACCACCCAGGAAGCUUCAAGCUGCUCAGCGGUACAGAAAUCAUCCCGAGAAGUUGAUUGGAGGGAGAUCCAGGAGAGAGAAAAGGAAGUACGCUUCUUCCCAUAAGGUGUACCUAAAGUAAGCAAUUUGCUGCCAGGAGAAGUACCCAUGGCUGCCAGUCUAAGGAACUGUGCAGGUCCGCAAAGGAGAAGGCCGCCCGUGGCUGCUCACCUUGAUGGCUCUAGGCUCCUCCCAGGGUCAGAGGCCAUGUGGCUAUGUGCUCGAGCUGCUGGGAGACACUUCCCACUUGGGACUUUGGGGCUGGGAGACUUGCAGCCGCAUAAUCCUUCCACCCAUCUCUGUGCAGUCAGGUCCACAUCUCUGUCGGUGUUAUACCCGUUGAAUUGUCAGUUUUCUCACCCGAAAUUCUGAGAUGCUCUUCCAGUUUGCCUAUGGAAGAAUUACAGUUCCUAGGAAAGGGGAAUAAAUGUGAAAGCUGGCUCCUUCUUCAGGGACUUGAGGACACCUUCCGUGAGACCCGCAAAAUCUUUUUCUCCACUCCAGACUAAAUAUAGACCCAGCUCUUUCAAGCAUUCCUCCCGUGACUUGGUUUCCAGACCACUCACCAUCCAGGUGGAGCACCUCUGUCAAUGUCUGAUAGACGGUGAGCCCAGAACUGCACUCUGUGCACCAUUUCCAGUCUGAGCAUCAAGAGUGUAUCUGAUCGCAUGUUCCUGUUUGCACGGUCCUAAUCCUGCGUUUGCUUUCAGCAGCAGCUGGUUGGGGUUCUGUUUGCAAAGGGAGAGCUCUUCCCCAGCCCAGCUUUUACCUGAGAGCUUUUACCUGAGAUCAUGCUUGACCCUUUCUCAAAUGCUCUCAAACUGCACCCUCCCAUCACCUCUCACUGUUGGCCGUGGUGGCUUGGGCUGAUGGGAAUUGCACUCUGCAUGCUCCCGUCCCCGACCUUCAGCAGUGAGAGCAUGUGCUUGAACACCAAGCUAUGGUCCUCGAAAGUGAAUCGAUUAGUUCCUCUCUCCAUCCCGUGGUCUUGCCAUUCAGGCUCGAGCACACAUGAUCCUUCUUGGCUUGAUCACAUGAUGGCCAGCCGCUCUUGAAAUAGGAGCCUCUCCCGCUGUCAUUACGAGCAUCUCCCUGCCCUCCAACCAAAGCUCGGCUUCACUGGGGCAAUGCAGAUCUCCGGGACUUCAGAACCUCGCCUGGUGACCUCCCUGCUGGGGACAGCUACCUUCUCCAGGAUAGAGACAUUUAGUGCUUCCCACAGGCUGGCCUGCAGGUCACUGAGUGAUGCAGAGAAUAAGAAGCUGUUUCAGCAAAGUAAUCAGAGGCAUGGGCACAAUUACAAAGUUGUGGUGUCGGUCCACGGAGAAAUUAAUCCCAUUUCUGGGAUGGUGAUAAACCUGACCGAUUUGAAGGCAUGCAUGAAGGAAGUAAUCACAAAGCCCCUUGACAAAAAGGACCUGGAUGAAGAUGUCCCGUAUUUUGCCAAUGUUGUAAGUACAACUGAGAACCUUGCCGUGUUUAUCUGGGAGAACCUGCAGAAGCACUUGCCGGUGAAAGCGCUGUAUAAAAUAAAACUCUACGACACGGAUGAGAGCAGUGUCGUCUACCGAGGGGAGUCGCCAGCCCCAUCGGCGUUCAUGGCAGGUGGCUCUGCACUCCUGAAUGAAGGCCUGUCUUAACAAAACCCGCUCACCAUCAGCCACAACCGCCCUGUCCCGUGCCCAGCCUGAGCAGCCUUCUGGAAACGGUGAAUGUGGGGAAGAUUCAGGGCUGCAUUCACACGGAAGACACUAUUUUCUGGCCUUGCUUUUCAAGACGGCAAGAGGCGCGUACAGCGGAGCUGGGUAAGGGACCGGUGGUGCAAGCCUGCUCGAAUGGAUAGGAAUUGGUCUCAUUUGCUGCUGCAGCUGCAGCAUCUUGUGCACAACUGGUCACCUGGCCUCCUGAGCUGUGUAAAAAUAGCCCCCGGGAAACCAAGCAAGGAAACAUUAACAAAAUCAUGUGCUUUGGUGUUGUUUUAUUUUAAGUCACAAAUGGCUGGCACGAGACAAGUAUAUCUUGGGCAGAGAGACAAUAAAAAAGGCAUAGGAAACCUU